UAAUUCGUUGAAAAAUCUUGAGAAAUAGAUCUCACUUUUUCGCACUUUCAACACACUGAUCGGCUGCACGUCUCCAACGACAGUAGCAGAUUUUUUUUACCUUUAUUUCACUCUCGACUCUCAACAGGUGAAAAUGGAAAUCAUCAGAUCGGCCACCAUAUUGAUUGCGUGUGUACUUGUUGUAAUAAAUUGUGCGGUUGCGGUUAAAGAAUUGCCAACAGACCACCCGGAAUCGGUGGAAAUAGAAAAUAAAAAUGAUGAAAGUGCGAAACGUCCAAUAAGACAAGUUGCAGUUAAUGUGGGACCUGUCGGAGUUGGUGUAGGCCCAUUUGGAGGUGUUGGAGUGCGCGUUGGACCGUGGUUUAAUCUUGGAGUGGCGCCAAGCUAUAGACGUGCGGCUCCUCUGCUAUAUCCGGCUCCAGUUCCUGUCGCUUAUCCAGUCGCAUAUCCAGCUGCCGUUCCAGUCACAUAUCAAGCAACCGUUCCAGUCACAUAUCAAGCAGCCGCUCCGGUUCAACAGAAAUACUCUUACAGCAGCAACUAUCGAUACAAUUAUGCUUAUUGAUGAAACGAAGGUUGGAAAGGGCACCCUUGAAAAUAAAAAUUUGUCUCACAUCCGCU